AUGGGCGCUUCCAUCUUCCAGAUACAGCAUGACCUCAUCCUCAACACCCUGAAAGACAUCACCCAAGGCGACUGGAAAGUGCUUGUCGUGGACGAGUUCUCCAAGAAGAUCCUCGACAAUGUUGUUAAGGAAGAUGACAUCCUCAACCAGAAUGUCGCCAAUAUCGAGCGCAUUGAGGAUAGACGAGACAUGAACCCGACCAUGGACGCCAUAUACUUUGUCUCGCCCAUGCCGCACAUAGUCGACUGUCUGCUCGCCGAUUUCGACCGAGGAAGAUACCAGAAGUCAUUCGUGGUUCUGACCGAUCUCCUCGAGCCACAAUUGCGACGCCGCUUAUAUUCCCACCCACAAGCACGAGAGCUCAUAGCCGACUACAGGAUCCUGAAUAUCGACUAUUUUCCCCGGGAGUCGCACUUGGUCACCUUCCGUGACCCGUGGAGUUUUCCCGUACUAUUCCACCCGGGCUGCAAUCAUCUUGUCCGGGAACAUAUGCAAGCAUUGGCGCAGAAGGUUACGAGUGUGUGUAUCUCGUUGGGCGAAUACCCCAAAGUGCGAUAUUACCGACCACAGAACCCCACCCACGAUGCCAGCGUUUUGUGUACUCAUCUCGCCCGAUUCAUACAAGAGGAGCUUGACAAUUACGCGCAAUGGAACCAGGCUUUCCCUCCGCCAUCCAACAGGCCGACGGGUGUCCUCCUGAUAACGGACAGGAGCAUGGAUCUUAUGGCGCCACUAGUUCACGAGUUUACGUACCAAGCCAUGGCACAUGAUUUGCUGACCAUCAAGGAGGGCGACAAGGUGACAUACCACAUGACCAUCAAUGAGGGUCAGGCGGAUGCCGAGGAGAAAGAUAUGGAGCUUCAAGAGAAGGACAAGGUCUGGGUUGACAACAGGCAUCGGCAUAUGAAGGACACAAUUGACAAGCUCAUGGGUGACUUCCAAAAGUUUAUCGACCAGAACCCGCAAUUUACAGAUGGGGACCAGAAGGCCAACCUGAACACCAUCAAGGACAUGUUGGCGGGCUUGCCCCAAUUUCAGGAGAUGAAGGAAGCUUACUCGUUGCACUUGUCCAUGGCGCAGGAGAGCAUGAACAUAUUUCAGAACAACAAGCUGCCAGAUAUCGCUUCCGUGGAGCAAACACUGGCAACUGGGUUGGACGAGGAUUUCCGCAAGCCAAAGAACAUUCUACAGGAGGUUGUGCGAUUGCUGGAUGAUGAGUCCAUUGUCAAAUCAGACAGGCUGCGCCUACUCAUGGCCUACCUUAUCUUCCGAGAAGGCGUCGUUGAGGAGGACGUCAAGAGGCUCGUUGCGCACUCAGCUCUCGAGCAAUCUCAAUGCAGCGUCAUAACUAAUUUGGAUGUCCUCGGAGCUCACAUCCUCAAAGGGCUCAAGGAAGUCCGGCCACCUCGACCACCACUUUUCCCAAUCGAUAAGAACCAGCAGCUGAGCGAGGAAUACGGCCUCUCUAGAUUCGAGCCGAACGUGAAGCAUAUGCUCGAAAACCUGUGCAAAGGCAGUUUAGAUCCGACCACGUUUCCGUACACGAAACCGCCAGCAGAUCCUAACGAGGACAUGAUGGCAGGACAGGGCUCCCUACGCGCGGCUAAACCAAGCUGGGCCGGCGGAGGACGUCGCGUGGCUGAUAAUCGGCAGCGCAUAAUUGUCUUCGUUGCAGGCGGCGCAACAUACUCGGAAGCCCGGUCCUGUUAUGAAGUCUCGGAAAAGCAAAAUCGGGAUGUCUUCCUAGUAAGCAGUCAUAUGGUGACACCGAAGAUGUUCGCCCGCCAAGUCGGCGAUUUAUCAGUCGACAAGCGGCGCCUGGAUCUCCCCAUGGAGCGCCCUAAACCGAAAGCACCAGCUCAUCUGUUCGAGCGUGAGAGGCCAACCCCACCACCGAUGCAAGCCGGACCACCACCACCCGCUAAGGGGGGCCCGAUGGGCAUGGCACCAGGGCAGCCGCGCCCCCAGCGCGCCCCGCUACCGCCGGGCGCGGGAGGACUUCCGGGGAGACCUGCGCCGCCUGCUCAGCAGAUGUCACAGAUGUCACUCGGCGGCAGUCCGGCGCCGCCCAGACCCGCACCCCCGAUGAACGGCGGGGGCGGCAGCUACUCUUCGCCGACACCACCAACGCCUGACGACGGAAAAUUGCACAAAAAGGAGAAAAAGAAGCGGAACAUUUUCGGCAUGAAGAAGUAG